CUCUCUUACACGCACCUCGCCCCCGAUACAGACUGCGGCGAGGUCCCUGGCCUGGAUCUCCUCCCUUUCUCUCUUUCACGGAAGGGACCCCAGAGUCUGUUUCCUUUCCCCGGCCAGGUUCUUCUUCGCCGGAGAUAUAAUGGCGUCGGAGCUCACCUACCGAGGCGGGGCGGCGUCCCCCUCCGCCGCCGGUGCCGGUGCCGCCGGGUACGCCCCGAAGCCCUCUAAUUCGAAGCCGCUCGCGUGGCUCCCCCGCGCCGCCCGGUACGCCGCCGCCGAGCACCGCCCGCUCUUCGCCCUCGUCGGGAUGCUCUUCGCCGCCGCCGUCUUCUGCAUCGCUGCCCCCUCCUCCUCCUCCGCCCCCGCCACCGCAUCCUCCUACUCCUCCGGCGCCCGCGCCGUCACCAACCCGCUCGCCCGCUUCUCCCUGGACUCGUCGGCGGCGGCCGCGCACCACCCCGCCCGCCACUUCGUCGGCGGCAAGGUGCCCCUGGGCCUCAAGCGGAAGGGCCUCCGCGUCCUCGUCACCGGCGGCGCCGGCUUCGUGGGGAGCCACCUCGUGGAUCGCCUCGUGGAGCGCGGCGACAGCGUCAUCGUCGUCGACAACCUCUUCACGGGCCGCAAGGAGAACGUGGUCCACCACUUCGGCAACCCCAACUUCGAGAUGAUCCGCCACGACGUCGUCGAGCCCAUCCUCCUCGAGGUCGACCAGAUCUACCAUCUCGCCUGCCCCGCCUCCCCCGUCCACUACAAGUACAACCCCGUCAAGACAAUCAAGACCAAUGUGGUUGGUACAUUGAACAUGCUUGGAUUGGCGAAGAGGAUCGGAGCCAGGUUCCUCCUCACCAGCACCAGUGAGGUCUACGGUGAUCCCCUCCAGCACCCUCAGGUGGAGACUUACUGGGGCAAUGUCAACCCUAUCGGUGUCAGGAGCUGCUACGAUGAGGGCAAGCGUACAGCUGAAACAUUGACCAUGGACUACCACCGUGGUGCCAACCUUGAGGUCAGGAUUGCUCGGAUCUUCAACACAUAUGGUCCUCGCAUGUGCAUUGAUGACGGUCGUGUUGUUAGCAACUUUGUUGCUCAGGCGCUAAGGAAGGAGCCUUUGACGGUUUAUGGUGACGGCAAGCAGACCAGGAGCUUCCAAUACGUUUCUGAUCUGGUUGAGGGGUUGAUGAGGCUGAUGGAAGGGGAGCACGUAGGGCCAUUCAACUUGGGUAACCCUGGUGAGUUCACCAUGCUGGAGCUGGCCAAGGUUGUCCAGGACACCAUUGAUCCGAAUGCGCGGAUUGAGCACCGUGAGAACACUCAGGACGAUCCUCACAAGCGCAAGCCAGACAUCAACCGUGCCAAGGAGCUCCUCGGCUGGGAGCCGAAGAUCCCCCUCCGUGAGGGCCUUCCUCUCAUGGUCACUGAUUUCCGCAAGCGCAUCUUUGGCGACCAAGAUAGCGCCACCACAGCCACCGGAGGCCAAUAAGGGGUGUAGAAGGGACUUGAAGACUUUGAAAUUUUGGUGGCCUGCUUCUAGUUUCUCGGUUGAUCUCCCUACUGACAGAGCUAUGGCCACGUAGUUAUCGAAAGCUUUACUAAAAUACCUUGGUUGUUGGUGUAAUGUCAUUUUUUUUUCUGAAUUGUCUUCCCCUCCUCGGUCUCAGCUAUACAGAUUUUCCAGUUGAUUGAAUUGUUUGUUGGAGAUAAACCUGGAUCUUGUAAUUCUUUGUUGAGAUGAUAGCAUUAUACUAUGGUACAAAAUACUAGUACAUGAUCUCUCAGA